CGUAGGCUUACAAGUGGCGUGGUUCGGAGCCGCUCUGUUGUCGUUGAUGCAGCGACGUGAAGGAGUCGAGGUGGUACGUGAGUUUGUGGACAACAUUCUCCAAGUUCUUUUUAUUGUUCACGAAUACCGUUCCACAUCAGCCGGCCAACCCGCUUGUUACCUCCUGGAAGAUCAUCCCGUCUGAUCCUGGAUCAGCUUACUUUUCCUUCAUCCUGUUUCUAGAAGAUGGAGCGUUGAUCGGGUCAGUCGUGGAUCUGCACAGGAAGAGGACUGCGUCACAUGGGAGUGUGUGUAUGUGCGUGUGAGGGUAUACGUUCGGGCCUCCCACCAUCGCCUGCUCUUCCCAGUCCGGCAUGGCGGGGGUCAGAGAGCGCGGCUCGCAGAGACCGCGGCCGUGGUCCGUGUACCGGGCCAACACGUUCGAGCUGUCCAGCGAGAUGAUCGGAUUGGCUCUCGCAGGAAAUAUUCAGGACCCAGAUGAACCCGUGCUGGAG